AUGAAAAUCAAUGAUGACAUAAAAUGUCAAACUAUGAGAAGAAAAAAAGUUGGUGAAGGUGGUAUUGGUUUGUUUGAUUCUGCUAUAGGUGGUACAGGUCUUACAGUAUCUCGUGGUGAUAUUCCUGGUCGUGUUAAAAAUUCUUAUAUAUGUCGUACAAGCCGUACAAUAGUUAUUAAAUUUAUUAUUAUAUUUUUUCUUAUUACAUCAAUCAUGUUCCGAAGAUGGUCUCAACAUGGCCGAAAAUUCAACAAUUAA